AUGUCUACGACCACCACAACCGAAGCUCAGGCGGAGACGGCGCCUGUCACGCUGACCCUGGCAUACGACGACAAGAUCCACGAUCAGUACAAAUACGCCCAAUACUUGCCAGUGUACGACGAAAAGACAUCCUUUCCCCCGCUCAAGCCAUUCGCGUUCAACGACCGCGGACUCGUAUCGAAUAAGAAGAAGUCAAAUCUCCUUCCCAAGGACAAGAAAGAGAUCACAGCUACGAAGCUGACACCAGUCAUUGGCACCGAGAUCCGUGGACUGCAACUAUCCCAGCUCAACGAUAGACAGAAGGACGAACUUGCGCUUCUCAUCGCUGAGCGCGGCGUCGUCGUAUUCCGAGACCAAGACUUCAAGGACAUUAGCAUCGAGAAGCAAAAGAAAUUCGGGCAAUACUUUGGUCCUCGUCACAUCCACCCCGUCAGGGCGCAUGUCAAGAACCACCUCGAGCUGCACAACAUCUACUUGGGCCCGGACAACGAAUAUCGCAACCGGAGCAAGAGCAACAAGCUCUCGACUAUCGGGUACCACUCGGAUGUGUCGUAUGAGCACCAGUCGCCGGACGUCACAAUCCUGACGCUCCUCUCGGUGCCUGAGACGGGUGGCGACACGGCGUGGGUUUCUCAGACGGCAGCGUAUGCGCGGUUAUCGAGGCUGAUUCAGGCCCUUCUUGAGGGGUUGAGGGCAGAACACAGCGGCUUCCCCCAAGCCGACAACGCUCGUCGAGACGGCAAGUUUGUGCGGAGAGAGCCGGUCAAGUCGGAGCAUCCCAUUGUUCGGGUCCAUCCGGCCACCGGUCAGAAGGCGUUAUUCAUCAACCCAGGCUUCAUAAAAAGGAUUGUCGGUCUUCGGGAUGAAGAGUCAGAUGCGCUGUUGAAACUCUUGUUCAAGCACAUCAACCACGGCCAGGACUUCCAGGUCCGCGUCAAGUGGGAAGAGGGAACUGUCGCGCUCUGGGAUAACAGAGUGACGGCGCACACUGCCAUCUCAGACUACAAUGUCCACAACCCACAGGAAGGGCUGCGACACGGCUUCCGGAUCACCACUUUGGCUGAUAAGCCGACGGGGGUCAAUGGCUUAGAGUCCACAUGGUAG